GCUCGGGUCGCCGAGGAGCAGCCGGGGAGGCUACGUGUACCGCGGCCGCGGCAUGACGGAAGCGGCAUGUGAAGAUCCGGACGAGCCGGGCCCCGAGGACUUCGUGUACGGGGAGGAGGACUUCGUCCUGCAGGACGCGGGCUGGGAGGGCGACCCCGACUCGCAGCCGUCCCGCUUCGACCGAGCGCUGCUGUCGGGCUGGAGCGAUCGCAUGGCGCGGGGGCUGUUCCGGUACCGGCUGGGCGCGCUGCCUACGCGGGAGCUGCCGGGCGCGGCGGGGCUGGUGGCGCAGCUGAACGCGCAGCGCGGCUCGGAGCGGCGCCCGCCGCAGCCCGUGCUCAGCCUCCGCCAGCCCUUCGACCCCGCCGCCUUCAAUUUCAGCCGCCUACGCCGCGGGGAGCUGCUGCUGCGCCUCCACCGGGCGGGCUCCGCCGCCGAGCCGCUGCUUGUGGCCAUCAACGCGAGCCCGCUGGGGCGCGGGCACGUCCUGCUGCUGCCCGAGCCGGCGCGGGCGCGGCCGCAGGCGCUGGCGGCCCCGGUGCUGCGGGCGGCGCUGGAGGCGGCGCUGCUCAGCGCGCACCCCGGCUUCCUCGUGGGCUUCAACGGGCUGGGCGGCGGCGCCUCGGUGAACCACCCGCACCUGCAUGGGCUGUACCUGCGGCGCCCGCUGCCCGCCCAGAGCGCGCCCGCCCGCCCGCUGCGGCCCCGCGGCCCCGCACUGCUCCGCGGCCCCGCGCCCGCCUUCGCCUUCUUCGCCGCCAGCCCUGCCGAGCUGGACGCCGUGUCCCGGGACGUGUGCCAGGCGGCCGAGCGCAUCACCGAGGCCGGCUGGGCCUACAACGUGCUGGCCACGCGGGGGGACCCGCUCGAGGCCGCGGAGGGUGGGCGCGGGCUGCGGGUACUGCUCUGGGCACGACGGCCCUGCUUCGGCGUCAAGGCUAGCGAUGCCUUCAACGUGGCACUGUGCGAGCUGGCGGGGUUCCUGCCCAUCGCGUCCGAGGCGCUCUUCCACAGCAUCACCGAGGCCGAGGCGCUGAGCACCAUCCAGCAGUAUCUCCUGCCCGAGGACGAGCUGCUCAGCCUCGGCAAGGACCUGGCGCGGCUGCUGGAAGAGUGAAUGCACCAGCAGCAGGACCAGCACCAGCGCCUGCCCUGCCACCAAGACCGGCACUGGGAGCUGCACCAGGACCAGCACCAUCGCUGGCUCCUGCCAUACCACUGAGACCAGGACUGGGGCUGGCACCGGGACCGGCACCAACAC